CACUUCGUGGUAGCAUCCUUCGAGAAAGAAACUUUGCCCGCAACACCGUGGAGACGGGAACUUGCUGGCGGAGGUCCAGCGGAUCCGGGGACCGGUGAUCGUAUUCUGCCAACAUCCGAAAUCCAAACUCGUCCCUAAGAUAAAUGAACACCACGUGGAAGGAUACUGCGGAUUAAGGUGAUUGGAUCUUUCACGAAAAGAUGAUCUCGCGGUACCAAGUGUUGUGCGCGCUGGUGCUAUUCGGCGCGGCCCUGCUGUACCAAGCGAUGGCGCAAGUAGACGGUUACACACCUGGCGUGGACUACCCGAUCUACGAUUCAGUACCUUUCGGCCUCACGUUUACCUGCGGAGGCAAGUUACCUGGUUACUACGCCGAUCCCGAAGCUAGAUGUCAGGUCUGGCAUUGGUGUUUGCCAAACGGCCGUCAGUUCAGCUUCCUCUGUCCAAACGGCACAGUUUUUAGCCAAUCGGCUCGCGUCUGCGAUUGGUGGUUCAAGGUUGAUUGCAACGACUCGCCAAGAUUGUACGGCAUCAACGACGACCUGUACAGAGACGUGAACGGAAACAAGAUCUAACGCUAACUAAACUGUAAAAUCCGUGAACAUUUAAACGCGCUGAACCUAAGCAAAGAGUAUAAUUUCUGUGUACGGUAUAUACGAAUAGAAGCGAGAUAUUCGUCCAAGCGAGUUGUAAGUUCCUAGUUUGCCGGCAGAGAAACGCUCGUGCAGAGCGCUAUAAUAUUCUCGGAUGCUAAAUUGCUAACACGACGACGAUCGAUCGCUUGCAGCUACACCUUCAUCGCAGGUGAACCACAAAAAAUCUCAAAUAUUUUCCAAAAAAUGAUUCGAACUCUUAUAUACCAGAUUCGAUUCUUCAAUAAAGAACAACAGAUGCAUUAACUUUUUCCUGAGUGUCGAAUGCGAUCGAUGCACUUUUAUUGAUCAUGCUUUUAUCGCACUGGUCGUCGUCGGCUUUUUAUCCUAAAGCUAAGAUAGCUUAAGAGGGAACGAUCCCUCUCGGGUAGAGAAGAAGAAAGAAGGCUCGAUCGAAAUCACGUCGAACAAUUUCUUGGCAUGAUCGGACAAUAGAAAGUGAAUGGUCGUCGCAAACAGCCAGUUUGUUCCCUGCCUUUUUCCUGUCAAACGUUGCCUUCCAUGCUACGCUUUUCCGACUGUGUUUUGCAUGCACGUCUCGUCGCUCUAUUUUUUUUUUUUUUUUUCUACUCGUGUAUUUCGAGAUCGAUCGGGGGAAAACGAAGAUUAACGCUAAAACUACAUAAAUCUUCACCUUGCUAUAGUCCUCAGAUGUUUAUAUUUUAAUAUCACACUCAAAUGAGAAGGAAGCAUUUUAUUAUGUUUCAAGAAGACACAAAACUUUACAGAAUCACGUUGUUGAGAAUUUUUUUUCGUACUUGAGGAUACGAGAUUUUAUAGUCCUCAGAUGUUUAUAUUUUAAUAUCACACUCAAAUGAAAAGGAAGCAUUUUAUUAUGUUUCAAGAAGACACAAAACUUUACAGAAUCACGUUGAUGAGAAUUUUUUUUCGUACUUGAGGAUACGAGAUUUUAUAGUCCUCAGAUGUUUAUAUUUUAAUAUCACACUCAAACGAGAAGGGAGGAUUUAUGAUAUUUUAAGAAGACACGAAAUUACAAAAUCACGUUGAUGAGAAUUUUUUUUCAUACUUGAGGAUACGAGAUUUUAUAGUCCUCAGAUGUUUAUAUUUUAAUAUCACAUUCAAAUGAGAAGAGAGGAUUUAUGAUAUUUUAAGAAGACGCGAAACUUUACAAAAUCACGUUGAUGAGAAUUUUUUUUCAUACUUGAGGAUACGAGAUUUUAUAGUCCUCAGAUGUUUGUAUUUUAAUGUCACGCUCAAACGAAAGGAGCAUUUUAUUAUGUUUCAAGAAGACACAAAACUUAUUAACCGAAAAACCAUGCUGACGAGAAUUGUGUCGUGCUUAAAGAGAUAUUCUUUAAUUUUUAAAAAGUAUAAAUAGGUCUACGAUAACUGAAAAAACAGAAACAGAAGGAUUAAGAUACAACAUUAGAGGAAUGAAAGUAGUCGAUAAUUUUCGUAAAGUUUGAUGAUUCUGACCAACAUUCUAGUGUUAAAUAUUCGAUGAAAUCUCCGGAAGCAACUCGUUUUUCCCUCGAUCGGGCAACGUGUAAUUAUCGCGGAGGAAUUUCGAUCGGCGUUACGUAAACGAAUAGAAAUUUGGCGCGGCCGCUUACGAAAUCCUCACUUCCGCCUUCCGGACGCGUUUUUCAGAGUGGCAAGGCCAAAGUCAUCGGCAAACACUGUUAUUCCGAUUACGUUGCGUCGACGAUCUAAUGGAAAGUUCGUCGAUAGCUACCUGGUAGCUACCUGGUUACGCGUAAUUGCAAGAUUGUUCAACGUCUCGAGACAAUCUUGCAGUAUCUGUUGAAGGUCGCGCAGGAUCACAGACGCAAUUUGCAUGAAACUUUCGAGCGACGAACGUUUAAAAUUCCGCGCGCGUAAA